AAACAGCAUCUCUACCCAGUCGGGCAGAGAAGCUGGAAUAGCAUGCCCUAGUAUCUCAGGUGGUCUUUUUCUUUCGUGAAGAAGAGCGUUGCGUUCGAACGGAUUCCGUUAAUCUCGUUCUCUUCUCUCGACAUUAAUCGAACUCGGGCAUCGGGGACUUUCCGACUUCAUUCAGUGCUGAAGUUGGAGGAAGCCUCUGAAAGCAGCCGGUGGCGUCCAUUCUUGGCCCAAGAGAUACUUCAUAGAACCCUGGUGCGAUGCAGCCAUGGCGGUUGCUGAUCGUUCUGGAGGUGCUUUUCGUCGGAUAUGGAAUAGCUGAGAUGAUGCCUGACUUCACGGAAAGCACAGCGGACGGAGCCCAGCAUUUAGUGACACAAGAACAUUUCCAGACUGAAGUCAAGAAAACAACAGAUGUGCAUAAAGGAAGUGACAGAAACCUCACUGCAGAUAUCAAAGGAAGCCAUUUAAAUAAAUCGCAAGAGAUUCAUUCCGGUGGAGGUCCUUUCAGAAGUCAUUACCAGGCUUUGCAAAGGCAUCAUCACCUACAUCCCGCUGCCCAUUCCAUUAGGACAGCCUCCAGUUCCUCUCAACUGCAGCAUGAAAUUCAGUCCUCUUUACUCAACAGCCUUCAGAUUUCAUUGGGCUCCUCAGGAACAGCACCUCGCCCUGUCCUGGUACCAAGCACUCAACCCAAUGCGCAGACUCCUGGAUCAGGUGCACUUUUGCAAAAUAAAACUUCUGAAGAUGAUGAACAUGACAAAAGACAUCUGAAAUUGCAGAGGGGAAAAUCUUAUCAUCAGCUUACACCCAGAAAAGUCAUAACGACAGAAAUACCCAGCCAAAGCCAGAAUCCAGAACAGAGUUUAGCGAAAGGCAUCCAGGUAAAACCUAAAGGUCAUUCUUCUCAAAAGCCAUGGGUCCAUUCAGCUAAACCCGGCAAACAUUGCAAUAGUGCCUCCGGUUAUCAUGAGACCAAGGCUAAUAUAGAUUUUAGCGUGGAAAAAAUCAAUCAAAGCACAACGAAUGGCCACUCAGGUAGAAAACUAGAUCCUGCACUGUUGCAAGUUUUAAUUCCUAGAGACAGGGGAACCAGUCAAGCCAAACUCAUUCAACCUGACUUCAUUCCUGCACUAAGUGAUCAAAAUGAUAUCCUGCCAGAUUUGAAGGAAAAGAAGAUAGUAAAGAAAAACGUCCCUAAGGUAGAAGCAAAUAUUGUUGCAAUAUCGGGGAUACACUAUCCCCCUGGGGCACAAGAUGACAAAAGUGCUUCACCCUCUGUUCCUGUAGUUAUAGUUACAACUCAAAUGCCAUUCAUUCAAAGAGUGAUGCAUAAAAAACUGGUUGAAUCUAGGUCCUUCAAAAGUCCUCGGUAUAUGAAUAAAGACCUUCAAGCAUUCCAUGACCCACUCCAUUCAAUGUAUGGUCCGCCAUACGAUCACUACAAAUUUUCAGCUCACAAAUCUCUUGGUGGUUCAUUCCCUCCAACAAAGCUUCCAUUUUAUCAGUCCGACAAGAAAUUUCUCCAAGAACACAUUGUCCUUACGGAGGAACCACGCUUGCUUCCGGAAUACCUAAAAGGGAAUCAUAGUAAUUACUCCAAAACAAAUCAUCACCCCUCCAGAGAGGAACCCAUUUACUUGGCGCCUUCUCCACCUCCAUCGGUAACGCCUCGUACCCCUGCAUCCGUACCAUCAACAGACUAUAGUAAGCCUCCCAAGGAGAAAGCGCCAAAAGUUUUUUCCUAUAAGAAUACAGACGACACCUAUCUUCAGCCACUUAAUCACCCUAAUUUUGCAGCAAGGAAGACUUCCGCCCCAAAUGUGAGAGGGAAAUCCAUCAGCGCCAAAAAAGACCCAACUCGAAGUAAAGACUACGUAGCAAGAUACAGUGCGAUAUCAGAUGGUGUACCUGGUGUUGAUUAUCCAAUUUAUUCACGUAUUCCCUAUACCUCAUUCGCCUGUAAAGAGAAGUUACCACCUGGGAUUUACGGCGAUGCUGAGGCUGGAUGUCAGGUCUGGCACAUCUGUGAAGCCGAUGGGCGACAGCACUCCUUUUUGUGUCCUAAUGGCACAAUUUUUAACCAGGAAUUGCUGACCUGUGACUGGUGGUACAAUGUUCACUGUGGUGUAACUGAGGAUCAAGACCAAACGAAACCUGAUGGCACUUACAGACCCCAAAUAAAUAACAUACCCCUGCCGGAAAGAGAGAAGUUAGGAAACUCCCUUCCCCUUACCUUGCCUAAUUCUCAUCAGAAGCCGAAUUGGAGCACUUACUCCAGUCCCAAACCGAGUGAUCAUCCAGUGAGGCCCAAACUCUUGCACACUCCCUAUCCUGCUCACUUCACACCACCACCACCACUCAAGAGGCCAAUGCUCUCCCCCAGAGGAAGUCAAGGACUGCACUCUGUAACUCCAAUCAUGCCGCCGACUUUCCUGGAAUUUCAGCCUUACUAUAAAGAUACGUACCCCAUGUUCCACCUACGAAAAAGGCACGCAAAGAAGAUCUGAAUCAAUUCGUUCAAUCUUUUGAAUAUUUUGAUACAUUUGGUAUAAAAGGUUGUUAUAAUGUUUUUUUUUAUAUAUAUAAGAAGUGGUUGAUAGUAACAAAGAUAUUAUUAAGUUUUAUGUGUUAUUUUCAAGUUAAUAAAUCAUCUGAAUUACAAUGCUUUCCUCUAAACACUUAUAUAUAAGGUAUUAAGCAAAAGGCAAUCAAAUUGCAACACAAUUUUGGGAUACUCAUUUUCAUCAAACUUAAAGAGAGAUCCCUCUAUUGAACGAAUGUUUCUUGAACCUUCAAUGUAGGGAGGUAUAAACUAUGCGUAAUUUAACCUAAGGCUGCCCGCACACCCUGGACAAUUUAAUUGGGAAGUGGUUAGCCGACUAAGUGGCCAACCACUAAAAAUAUAUUGAACACGUCUUUAAACGGAAGGCCGCAGACGAGUCACAGCCCACAAGCAAUCGACGCGACUAAAAGAGUCGCUAGGAAGUGGAUGCUGGGUCUAUUUUCUUGGCCAUACCACAGUUGCUCACCACUAGAGUCCGAGGAUGAAAAAAUCGUCAUUUCAAAUCAGAGUGCGCACACGAACGGUUUUGUGGUCGAAAUACUUUGGCUGCAGUAGGUCUGUACGUGAUUGGCCGGCAGAGGGAACAGACCAAUAGUGUCACAAUGACAUGUAGAGGGAUAAUUGACUGUGAGUCUUUGAUUGUUCGUUUGUAUGGUGUUCUUACGUUGCAUGGAACCAGAGGUUAUUCAGCAACGGGACCAACGGCUCUACGUGACUUCCGAACCACGUCGAGAGUGACCUUCUAUCACCAGAAAUACACAUCACUGACUCUUCAAUGGAAUGCCCGGGAAUCUAACUCGCGGCCACCGAGCUGGCAGACUAAGACCAUACCAACCACGCCACUGAGGCACUUGUGAGUCUUUGAUUACGGAGGUACAGAGAACACCAGCUCUCUAUUAUUU